AUUUCCCACUGUUGUAAUCCCCCCCUACAAAAGAAAAGUCGAAAAUCUAGAAAUCGAUCCGAUCCGGGCCCCCAUGAGCAGCGGCGGUUGCAGCUCCGAUGCCCCCGGCGGCGGCGGCGACUCCUCCUCCUCCUCCUCGCCCGCUCCUUCCCCGGCGAGGGCCGCCGACAAGGAGAAGCAGAGGGAGAAGGCCCGGGUCAGCCGGACCUCCCUCAUCCUCUGGCACGCCCACCAGAACGACGUCGCCGCCGUCCGCAAGCUCCUCGAGGAGGAUCGCUCCCUCGUCCACGCUAGGGAUUACGACAACCGCACCCCGCUCCACGUGGCCUCCCUCCACGGCUGGAUCGACGUCGCCAGGUGCUUGAUCGACCACGGCGCCGACGUCAACGCCCAGGAUCGCUGGAAGAACACGCCUCUAGCUGAUGCAGAAGGAGCUAAGAAGUAUAACAUGGUGGAGUUGUUAAAGUCAUAUGGAGGCUUAUCUUAUGGCCAAAACGGAAGUCAUUUUGAACCAAAGCCUGUUCCUCCUCCAUUGCCUAAUAAAUGUGACUGGGAAAUUGACCCUUCUGAGCUGGAUUUCUCUAACUCACAUAUCAUAGGGAAGGGAUCCUUUGGUGAGAUAUUGAGAGCAUGUUGGAGAGGGACACCAGUUGCUGUCAAACGCAUUCUUCCAUCUCUUUCAGAUGACAGAUUGGUAAUUCAGGAUUUCAGGCAUGAGGUUAAUUUGCUAGUGAAGCUUCGCCACCCUAACAUAGUUCAAUUUCUUGGUGCUGUCACCGAGAGGAAGCCUCUUAUGUUGAUAACAGAGUAUUUGCGAGGGGGUGAUCUUCAUCAGUACCUAAAGGAGAAAGGUUCUCUCAGCCCCUCAACAGCUAUCAACUUUGCUUUGGACAUGGCCAGGGGUAUGGCAUAUCUGCAUAAUGAGCCAAAUGUCAUAAUUCACCGAGACUUGAAGCCAAGGAAUGUCCUUUUAGUCAACUCUAGUGCCGACCAUUUGAAAGUUGGAGAUUUUGGACUAAGUAAACUAAUCAGGGUUCAAAAUUCUCAUGAUGUCUAUAAAAUGACAGGCGAAACAGGAAGUUACCGCUACAUGGCUCCUGAAGUUUUUAAGCAUCGAAAGUAUGAUAAGAAGGUUGAUGUUUUCUCAUUUGCCAUGAUACUAUACGAGAUGCUUGAAGGAGAUCCACCGAUGUCCAAUUAUGAGCCAUAUGAAGCUGCCAAAUACGUGGCAGAAGGCAAUCGACCUAUCUUCCGCUCUAAAGGAUACAUCCAAGAUCUGCGAGAUUUAACAGAGCAAUGCUGGGCUGCUGACAUGAACAAAAGACCUUCAUUCUUGGAAAUACUCAAGAGGCUCGAGAAAAUUAAAGAAACUUUGCAUUCCGAUCAUCACUGGAGCUUAUUCAAUGCUUAAUGCUGAACCGACAGGGAUGUUAGUUGGAUCUAUCUAUGCUCAAUUUCCUGUCAACUCUUGUGCCCCUGAUUGUGCAUAGUUCAGAUGGCUUCUGUGUAGAAGCGAGUGAAGGCUGCGAGAACUAUUCACUUAUGCUUCGAGGCCAGAUUCUGAAGGUGAAGACUGAGCAGAGUGAUGUAUUUCCUGAUUUGCAUUCUUGAUCAACCGUAAGCAAGCCAAGCGUUGUCCAGGUUGAUCCAUUUGCGUCGAGCCGAAGUCAUUUGACCACAUUUCUUUUGUAACAUAAGUUUUAGUUUGCUGUGGUCCCUGGUCCAUUUGAAGAAAUCGAAAAGACGUGUUUCUUUUUUCCUCGAUAAAUUUGGAAUGCUUAUGCCGAAAACUCUCAUUUUGCUUCGGUACGAUGUUGUCAGUUGUAAAGAACUCAAAACGUUAAUUGUGCAUCAAAACCAUGCUUUUGUUGA